UGUCAUUUCUUGCUGUUAGCAGUGCAUGUGCUGCUCCUCUAAUCUGGAGAGGGCAGCUAUGGAGAUGCGUCUUGGCUCUGAUGCUGUGUCCAAGUUGCAGUAUCUGGCUGGCCAGCCAUGAUUUCUGUAGUGGUGGAGAGAGGCACUGUUGGUGGGGGCAUCAAGAAAGACUGCCAUGUUCUGAUGGCUUAGAGUGACAUUGGCUGAGCUCCUGAACCUUUAUUGCUCCCCUGUUCUCUCCUUAAAAAUGGGUGUAAUGCCUGUGUGGUGGCCGGCUGACUUAGGUGGAAGCUUCUGAAGUGUUGUGGGGGCAGCCAAAGACAGCCCCCUCAGCCCACAGAGCAUGACGAGUCCUGACAGUAGUCCUGUCACAGCCUGGCAGUCACUUGGCCACAGCCAGUUUUCCUUUAUCAGCUUGCUUGCUGCUUUCGCUCUUUUCCUGGUCUGUCCUUUCACCAGCAGAAAUGUGGAAAAACCAGUUCUGUGGUUAGUUGCUGCACUUCCCUCCACGCCCAUGGGGCAGGUCUCCUGCUCCUCCUCAGUCCUCACGCACAGUCUGGGUGCACUUCAGCCUCCAGCCUCUGCCUCCGCCUGUGCUCAGCCGGCUCAGGUGCACCGACAGGCCUCUGUUCCCUUCCCAUUUACCUUAACCUUAGGCUUCUUUGCCUUCCUCUUUUCUCUCUGGCUGCCAGAGCUUGUCUCUCUGGUGGCUCCUUCUCGCCUGGCUAACGCAGUGGGUUGGCCUGCAGGUGCAUAAGGUGCAGGUAGCUGCCCUCCUGGCCCGGUCCUGCCCUGCCUGGAGGGACACCGUUCUGAGGCGAUGGCUGCAGGGAACGAGCGGAGCAUGAAGGCCCUGAAGGAAGUGUGGAAAAGAGCAGAGAACUCUUUGUGUGCAGACUGCGGGAAGCCAGAUCCUGACUGGGCAUCCUCUACUUUGGGUGUCUUUAUAUGCCUCAGCUGUUCAGCAAUUCACCGCAACAUCCCUAGCAUCAGCAAAGUCAAAUCCCUGAAGAUGGACUACUGGGAUGAUGCUCAGGUGCAGUUUCUGGCCAAGCAUGGGAAUGCUGUGACUAAAGCCAUAUAUGAAGCUCACAUCCCUAUUUACUAUUACCAGCCAACCUACAAUGACUGCCAAGUGCUGAGAGAACAGUGGAUACGGGCCAAAUAUGAACGCAAAGAAUUUACUGAGCCGGGAAAACAGCUCCCAUAUUCUGAUGGGGUGAAGGAAGGCAUCCUUUGGAAGCGAGGCCGAGACAACGGGCAGUUCCUACCCCGCAAGUUCCUCUUGUCUGAGAGAGAGGGAUGUCUGAAGUAUUUCACCAAGCAGGAUGCCAAAGAACCCAAAAUCAACGUUAAAAUAGAUGUAAUCAAUGCUACAUUCCAGCCAGAGAAGAUUGGGAACCCCAAUGGCCUGCAGAUCACCUAUCUCAAAGACAAUAAGACCCGGAAUAUAUUUGUCUACCAUGAAAGUGGAAAGGAGGUAGUGGACUGGUUCAAUGCCAUCCGCUCAGUGCAGUUCCAUUACCUGAAGGUGGCAUUUCCCAUUGCCAGCGAUAAUGAGAUCAAAAAUCGUCUGACCAGAAACUUCUUGAAGGAGGGAUACAUGGAGAAGACUGGUCCCAAGCAGAGAGAGGCCUUUAAGAAGCGCUGGUUCACGCUGGAUCACCGCAGGCUCAUGUACUUCAAGGAUCCUCUGGACGCCUUUGCUAAGGGUGAGGUGUUUGUGGGCAGUGGAGAGAAUGGAUAUAGUGUCCAGAAGGGAUUGCCUUCAGGGACACAGGGCAACUUCUCUUGGCACUAUGGCAUCACCAUUGUCACCCCUGACCGGGAAUACCUCUUCACCUGCGAGACAGAGACUGACCAGCUGGAGUGGGUCAGAGCCUUCACUAGUGUCAUCAACCAGGCCAUGACACCACAGGAAUAUGCAAUUGAAGCCUACUUCAAGUUUAAAUCCUAGGAAGCCAUGCAGGAAUCUCACUAUGACUCAACUCUGCCUGGUCCUAUUGGGUGGCUGUCAGGACAGGAGAGGAGAUUGAUAUCAGAGAAACACAGUGCUCUUGGAGCACCCUUUGAAGCACUUUUGCCCCCAUAGGAUAUCCACUUUGUUUUGAGGGCCCGAUUAAGCUGCUUCUUUUCAAGUGCAAGAUUUUGUGCGUCUGAAUCCUCAGUACAACCUGUCCCUGUUAAAUUGCUGUCAUGUGGCUGGAUGCUGACAGGUCUUGCCUGUCAGUCAGGCCUUGAAAACUUUGGCACUUACUACGUUGGACGUGAGACCCAGCAUCACUCCUGCAUGAAACUGCAGACAGGCACCCACCUGAUGCAAGAAAAGAGCUGCCUGGCUGGAGCCAGGCACCACAGCGGGUUACAGGGACUGCUGGACUAAAAGAGCCUGUUCCUUUACAAGAAAUACCAUAUCUGUGGGUGACAGAGAUGUGAAACAUCUAGAUAUUUGACCAGUUAGUGGCAGUGGUUGAGAAAGGUCACUUAAAACAUGUAACCUAAACAGCCAAAUGUGAGCCUUGUUUCCUUCCGCCAUGUAUGGGCUUGAAGCUUCUUCAGAUGACAUUUGUGUGCUGACCUUCCAACAAAUGCUUCAGAGAAGAUUAAGAGAUCAUAUCAAAAAUAAUGUGGAUAUACAUUUGUGUAUGUGGAUAACGUGUGCAUGCACACACAUAACAAAAAGUGAUAGAGGUAGAAUACUGCCCUAGGGAAGAUACUGUGAGGGAUUUUCAUGCCACUGAAGAUCAGCUGCCCAGCUUGAGUCUCUAUCAGACCAAUGGAGAGGGGUUGGGUCUUGCAGAGGAGCUGAUAACGUGUAUAGAGUUCAGAGUCUGCUGUCUCUACUACAGCCUGGGGUUGAUGCUGAAUAUGGUAAUACACAGAUCUCUUCUCUCCCAUUCCCUGUAUGUCAAAGGCCUGGCACUUUCAUUCUGACCUGCACAUUGCAUAUGUUUAUCUUGUCCAUCACACAUACAUAUCUGUAUGUUCAUGUUCUCUUAGUAAGAGUUAGCCUAAAACACAAAAUCAACCCAUGAUUCAUGUCUUAAAGCUCAUCUCUUGAAGCUCUCUUGGGAGAGCUGUGCUACACAUGCUGGGAGGAGUAGCUGAGUUCUGCUGGUGACUGUAGUAUCUGAUGUUUGCAGUUUUAUCAGGCAGUGUGAGAGAAGGUGUCUCAUGUGUUAAGGGGAGCUAACUGGAAUUAAUGAGAAAACCAGUAUUUUAAUUAGCUCCUAAAGAAAUAACUUAAAAAUAUCAUUAUAAUUUAUUUUAAUGUCUUAAAUUAGCUGACAUGUUAACUGCUGAGGUAUGAGGUUGUUUCUUGGGAAAAAGUACAGACGAUCAAACAAAAA